CACUCACUCACACUCAGUCACUCUCUCCGAGCGCGUCGCGCUCGCUCACACGCCCGAAGCCCAGGAGCGCGCAGGAUCCGGAGCGCGGCGGAAAAGUUGCUCCGGCUUUCGCUCCCAGACUUCUUGCUUUGGAAGUGUACUGGAUCUAAGGCUUGUCGGAUCCCGCGGAAUCCUGUCCUCGCGGCUCGGGACCCCAGGAGCGCCAGCCGCCGCCUCUUCGUCCCGGACUGUCCGCUGCCGCGGCAAUAAUAGCGGCGGCCGGCCCCGGCCAGGAGCCCCGAGCCGGUGCCCGUGGGACUCCGGGGAACGGAACCAACCUCCAUCCCCCCGACGCGCGGCCAGCGUGGUCUCCGCGUGCACCGCGAGCUCCCGGGCGCGACUCCUGCUCUGACCCCCGUGAGGGCCGAGCCAAGCCCGGGCUGCAAACUCCGUCCUGCGCGCUGGAAGAAGUCGCGGCGCCGAGCCCGCAGCGCCUUCCCGCGCGGGUCCCGGGACGCACAAAGCCGGCGCCACCUCGGCCCAGGACGGGAUGCGGGUCGGCCCGGUGCGCUCGGCCAUGAGCGGCGCCGCGCAUUCCCGCGGCCCGGUCCUGCUUCUCCCGGCCGCCCGGGGCGCCCCGGCCAAGCGACUGCUGGAUGCGGACGACGCGGCAGCUGUGGCGGCCAAGUGCCCGCGCCUCUCCGAGUGCUCCAGCCCCCCGGACUACCUCAGCCUCCCCGGCUCGCCCUGCAGCCCGCAGCCCCCGCCUGCCGCGCCGGGGGCCGGCGGCAGCUCCGGGAGCGCGCCGGGGCCCAGCCGCAUCGCCGACUACCUGCUGCUGCCUCUGGCGGAGCGAGAGCAUGUGUCCCGGGCGCUGUGCAUCCACACGGGCCGUGAGCUGCGCUGCAAGGUGUUUCCCAUUAAACACUACCAGGACAAAAUCAGGCCUUACAUCCAGCUGCCAUCACACAGGAACAUCACCGGCAUCGUGGAAGUGAUCCUUGGGGACACCAAGGCCUACGUCUUCUUUGAGAAGGACUUUGGGGACAUGCACUCCUACGUGCGAAGCCGGAAGAGGCUGCGGGAAGAUGAGGCCGCCCGACUCUUCAAGCAGAUUGUCUCUGCCGUUGCCCACUGCCACCAGUCGGCCAUUGUGCUGGGAGACCUGAAACUUAGGAAAUUCGUCUUCUCCACGGAGGAGAGAACCCAGCUCAGACUGGAGAGUCUGGAAGACACACACAUAAUCAAAGGGGAAGAUGAUGCUCUGUCAGACAAACAUGGCUGCCCAGCCUACGUGAGCCCUGAGAUCCUGAACACAACCGGGACCUACUCCGGAAAGGCAGCGGAUGUUUGGAGCCUAGGGGUGAUGCUCUACACCCUUUUGGUCGGACGAUACCCCUUCCAUGACUCAGACCCCAGCGCCCUUUUCUCCAAAAUCCGACGAGGACAGUUCUGCAUCCCUGACCACAUUUCCCCCAAAGCCAGGUGCCUCAUCCACAGCCUCCUGAGACGAGAGCCUUCAGAGAGACUCGCCGCCCCUGAGAUCUUACUCCAUCCCUGGUUUGAGUCCGUCUUGGAACCUGGAUAUGUUGACUCAGAAAUAGGAACUUCAGACCAGAUUGUCCCAGAGCACCAGGAGGACAGUGACAUUAGUUCCUUCUUCUGCUAAUCCCCAAACCUCAGAAACCUCAUAAUUCUCACACAUGGCAUUUCCAUUUCUGAAGAUGGACAGAUCUUCUGGCGUGGUGCCAACCAGAUAGGUGACUGCGUUAAGAAUGUAGCUGCUGAGUUCAACGUGGCGUCUCUUGUUUGUUGUGACGAGUGACUUUAUGGAUUUGAGCAGCAGACAAUUUGGCUGCCUGGAAAAAGUUGUUUCCUUUCUUAACAAACCCUCGCAAAUACCCUUUUGUCAGAUUUGGGGUUCUGUAUCUUUUGUAGGUGGUAAAGAGUAUGGACAUCCUACAAAUACGUAGCCAAAUGAAAUCGGCUUGAACAUUCUAAAGGGCGAUGAAGUGAAUCCCACUGUGGCAUUCUGGGCAAUAACCAUAUUGUAACAGGUGACGGACGAACUAUUUGGGCCAAUUAACCUGCCGCCUUCGAACUCCUCUUUAGUAGCUAGACUUUCGCUACCCCAGCUUCCCUGAUUGGAAGGGGUGUGUGUGUUUGUUUGCUUUAACACUCAUUCUUUCUUCACACUUACACUUACCAAGGACUCUGCUCCGUGUUUGGAGCAGACUGUAUCAGGAGCACAGGAGUCUGCGUGGACCACAAACCCAGACUCUUGCCUCCAUCUCCUGCCAAGACCUCAUUCGCACUAAUGCCUUCUUCCUGACCUUGAGACCCCCACCUCGCCCCCUUAGCUAUGAAAGCACUUACCAGCUAACAACGGAAAAGUAUCACAAAAGAUCCAAACUCUUGGCGAUUUCAGAACUCUGAGCUUAGUCAGAGAGACUGCAGGCUUUUGAAUAAUUUGAGCAUUUGGGAGCGUUACCUUUGUGGUUUGCCCUCAAAUAUGUUAGCACUUAACCUUCCCCUCUCUCCCCCUCAAGACUAUCUCAGGGUGGGCAUUUUGCCUAGGAGAAGAAAGAUAGGAGACUUCCCAACCCCUCUCCCAAGACCAAAUGUAAAACACCUUUCUUUGUGCUGCGGAGAAGGUGAAUUUUGGAUAGUCUUGGAAGAAUCUCAGACCCAACUUCCAGAAUUACACUUUAACCCUUUACGGAUACGGUCUGCCUCUGGCAUUGUGUGCGUGCCUGUGGUUUUGCAUGAUGGGCUGUGAAUAUUUCAAAUGUGGUGUGGCUUAUGAAUACAUCUGUGUGAUCCGCUUCCGGAGUAAAACAGUAAGCCCCAAACCUUCGAAGUUGGAAGGGACUUUAAAAGUAUCUGGUCCCACCUCUUUCCUCUGCCACCUCCCAAUGCCGCACCUCCCCCACCCCCACCCCCUUCAGCUUGUUUCCCAGGUGGGAAGCCAUCCUCUGUUUGAAUACUUCCAGAGAUGGGAACUCACCACCUACAAAAGAUAGUGCUUCCUGGAGAAACUGCAACUCGCAUUAAGAAAAAAAGUACCGAUGAAAUAUCAGUAAAUGUCUUGGGCAGUGCUGAAACCAGGUGGUUACACGGGUAAACGAAACAUACUGUAUUUUCCAAAAUGGCACAAAAACAGUCAUCUUCAAGGGCUACGCCUUGGCAAACUACUAACGUGUUGUGAGAAUGCUGUGUAUACCUCAUGUACUGUGUACUUUGUACAUAAUUUUACCUUUUAUACCUGUGUCCGAUAUUUUGUGUUGUGUUAGCUCUGAGGCUUGUUUUGUUGUCUGUGUUUGUCUCAAUAACCUGCGUGUCUAAAACCACGUGAAAUGUGAAUGAUUAUUGGCAAUAUGACCUUGACUGAAUCGUGGACGUGAGCACAGGGAGGACAAGGCCUCUGCUGCACUAAUGCUCUUGUGGUUGCUCGACUGUUGUAUCUGUGAUACGUGAUCCGGCUAAGGACUCUGAGCUGGCAGGGGCUUCUGCCGGGAAAGCUACAAACACUAGGUCCUUCCUGUACAUGUGUAUAUAUAUGAACAUGGCGACGGUCAUCCGACCUGUAGAGAAAUUUUAAUAAAUCUGGUUUCGUAAACAGGUGUGGUCCAUUUCUUUGGAGUUCCAUUUGCCUUGUCCUUUUGCAAUUUCAUGCUUGGCAUACAAAGGCCUUUGGCCUUAGGGAUCAGGGAUCGGAGUAUAUGGGGGAGACAGAAAAGCAUGAUUAUCAUAAUAUAACACCUUGGACGGAUACUUGAACCUGUUGGCUUUUGUCAUUCAAAUGGGCAAAGUCACAAUGAUGGGGGACGCCACCUUGGUGAGAUCGGGUUGGUGGGUGCCAUGGGUUGAACUUAAAGAUGAGGAGCGUUUGAAGAGGAUCAUGCAUAAAUACGCCUUGACUUGUAAGAAUCCCUUUGGGUUUUAAUCUUUUUUUUUUUAGGUUAGGGGUCCUUGGGAGUUUGAUGAAAGUUAUGAACAUGCCCAAAAGUGUACACACGUGUAUCCAAUGGAAUUUUGCGAACCAUCUCAGAGGCUCACAUGUCCCUGAAGGCUGCUCCUGUAACAUGUCUCUCCCUCCACAUUAGACCUAGUUCAGAUGGCUUAGUUAAAGCAUUUCCUUAGGAAACCCUGGUGGUACAGUGGUUAAGAGCUACAACUGCUAACCAAAAGGUCGGCAGUUCAAAUCCACCAGGUGCUCCUUGGAAUUUCUGUGGGGGUGGUUCUACUACGUCCUCUAGGGUUGCCAUAAGUUGGGAUCAACUCAAUGGCAACGGGUAUAAGGGUAAAAUGGAAGGAAAAACUAAAGGUACAUUCAUUUGAAUCACAAAAGUAGAGAAAGGACUUGGGUCUAAUUAGGUUUAUAGCUCCACUGGAUUCCUGGCGGCACAGUGGUUGAGAGCUAUGGCUGCUAACCAAGAGGUCGGCAGUUCCAAUCCACCCCUUGGAAACCCUAUGGGACAGUUCUACUCUGUCCUAGAGGGUCACUAUGAGUUGGAAUCGUUGCGAUGGCAGCACAUUUUGAUAGCUCUACUAUUACAUCAAAUUUUGUUCUAAAUGAAAUUAGCACGUGGGCUGGAUUUUUAAGUGUCACCCAUAUGCAGAGAGAUGCACGUGUAAGUGUCUAAACAC